CUUUAUUUUCCUUAUACUCAGCAAUUUUCAACGACGACACCAAUUAAACACUUAUAAAACAUUACUUGUUAAUUGUUGUUACAAUGUAUCCCGGAAAUUUUUUCUUGCUUUUUAUUGUAUUGGCAGUUCCAUUUAUAUGUAAUAAUAGUAAAGGCCAACUUUUCGAACAAGAUUUCGACAAAUUGUGGCAACAAUUUAAGGAAAAAUUCAAUAAAUCCUACACAAGUUUUCAUGACAUUAGUAGAAGAGCAGCAUGGGAGGAUAACUUUAAAACAAUUGACAUACACAACAAGGAAGCAGAAAAGGGCCUCCAUUCAUAUUUUAUUAAAGAAAAUCAUUUAAGUGACUUGUCUCCUCAAAGUUACUUGCAACAAAUGGUGAAAUUGACAAAAAGUUUUCAUAGAAGAACACCGCAGGAAGACACAAUGAGUUUUAUAAAACAUGGGGAAAUCCCAGAAGAAUUGAAUUGGGUCGAAAAAGGUUUUGUUACUCCCAUUUACAAUCAAAAGGAUUGUGGUUCUUGCUAUGCAUUUAGCAUUGCUGGAGCUGUACAGGGACAAAUAUUCAAGCAGACCCACAAACUUGUACCUCUAAGCGAGCAGCAAAUUGUCGACUGCAGUGUAAAAAGUGGGAAUUUCGGAUGUGGUGGUGGUUCUUUAAGAAACACACUUAGAUAUUUGGAAAAAACCGGUGGAUUGAUGGCAUACAGCGAUUAUCCCUACAAAGCCAAGCAACAAACCUGCCGAUUUAAUAGGUUCAAAACGAUUGCAAACAUUAGUUCCUGGGCUAUAUUACCCGCUAGAGAUGAGAAGGCGAUGGAAAUGGCCGUUGCAAAAAUUGGACCAAUAGCUGCAUCAAUAAAUGCCAGCCCUAGAACAUUUCAGUUGUACCAUAAGGGCGUCUAUGAUGACCCACUGUGCUCUUCCAACACUGUUAAUCACGCGAUGUUAAUAGUUGGGUAUACUAAAGACGCCUGGAUUUUGAAAAACUGGUGGGGUAAGCACUGGGGAGAAAAUGGAUAUAUGCGUUUAAAACGCCAUAAAAAUAGAUGUGGAGUGUCUAAUUAUGCAGCAUACGCUGUGGUGUAAUGGAAAAUACAUUUUUUGUUAGA